GCCAAUCCUCUUUUCGGUACAAGUGAGCCACAGUCAAGCCCACUCUCAUCGCCGAUCUUUUCCCUCCCGAAUCGCCGAUUUAAUCGAUUUCCGUACUCCGCGACAGUUAAACCCGCAAUUUACUCGCCAAAAUCCUAUUCCCUCUCAUUUUCUCGUUCUCUCUGUAAAUUUUGUCCGAAGAGAAAGAGAGAGAGGAAGAAGCAGAAGCUCAAUUCAUCAAUGGAUUACCGGACUUCAUCGGCGGUAGCUCUAUCGCAGAAGCUCUCCACCGGCCACUCCAUCUACGACGGCGUCUUCUCAUCUGCUCCGGCCAAGUUCACCGUGUCGUCUUUCUCGUCCACACUCGACGACUACCGCGAGAUUUUCGGUGGCGGCGGCGCCUCCUCGAUUCCGGUUCUGGAAGUUCCGGAGCUGAAUGAGCGGAAAGUGGAUGUUCGGAGCUCGCAGCUCGAUUACUCCAACGUCUUCGGCGGCUUCGGCGAUUCCGAUUUCGCUGUGCCGUAUGAGAAGCUGUUUGAUGAGCCAAAAAUGCAAAAAGAAACCAGGAGACAAAGUGAAAGAGUGUCACCUCCGAAAGAGGCUAAACGUUCAUGUUCAGAGGAAGGUAUUGAUUUAGCAAAUGAAGCAGCGUAUGAAUCGAUUGAUGGUGUUAAAAAGUUCAGCAUGUCAUAUAAUCAAAGCAACCAUCGGAGCAAAAGCUUUUCAGGUGUGCAUUCUGUUCCGGCAUAUACCUGCUUGGUUGACGAGACCUCUCCCUUGCGUGCCACUGAAGGAGAUAAACCGGUGUCAAUGUCGUCCGUUGCGAAAGAGAGGAGAAUGGAGGGCAACCGUUCCGCCAAGGCCAUGAGAGACCAACCAGCUGGUGAUGCCGGCAAACAGGCUUCUGGAGGAGGAGGAGGUGUCAAGGCGGAGAAUGAUUCUAAUUGGAAGAAUUCAAUUGAUGAGUUAUUCAAGACGAAUAAAUCGGGGCUAGGAACUCAUCCUUCAAGUGUGCCUCCAUUUACGAGUCAGGUUUUGGAAGUUGAUAAACCAGUGUCCUUAGUAGCAAAUGAUGCUAGCAUUGUCAAUGGUCAGGAGAGAAAAAUGGGGGGAAACCAUCACAUUAAAACAACAGGGGACCAGCAAGCUACUGAUGCAAGUAAACAGACCUCUGGAGGAGUUGCCAGGGUUCAGAACAGUUCCAAGUGGAGAAGUUCUGGCUCAGUUGAUAAGUUAUUUUAUUCAGGGGAACUUGCGCAAGAAUCUCGCCCUUCAAACAUGCCUCCAUUUUCAAGCAUGCGUUCUGAUGGGAAGGGUGAAUUUGAGAAACCAAUGGCUUCUGUGUUUGGGGUUCUGAACCGUGAUACUUUUGAAGGCGCUGACAAUGUUUCCUCAUCGCCAUACUUUGACGAGGAAGUAGACACAAACUCUGUUGCAGCUGCAUCUGUUGCAGCUUUGACAAAGGCAAUAGAGGAGGCUCAAGCAAGUAUACAAAUGGCAAAGGAGUUGAUGGAUCGAAAGAAGGUUGGUCCUCAAAGUCGAGUCAAACUGAGCUUUGACAACAGUAUGAAACCUAAGUCGAGGAAGGGUAGUAAAUUUGCAGACAAAGCUAGCAUAUCCAAAGAGACAAAGACUCGGGAACCAUAUAACAAAGUGGAUGUUCCUGUCCACGUUUCUGCUGGGCUACAACAAGUAACUCCGGUAUUUGAAAAUGCAUCUACAAUUAGUGAUGUGACGGUUACUGGAGAGGAAGUACGUGGAAAGGAAUUCGCGGAUAAUACAUGCAUAUUUACAAAGAAGACCGAUGAAUUACAAGAAGAAGUUCAUGUCUCUGGAAAGGAGUUUGCAGAUAAUGCAUGCAUAUUUACAAAGAAGACCGAUGAAUUACAAGAAGAAGUUCAUGUCUCUGGAAAGGAGUUUGCAGAUAAUGCAUGCAUAUUUACAAAGAAGACCGAUGAAUUACAAGAAGAAGUUCAUGUCUCUGCUCAGCCAGAGCAAGUAACUGUAAUACUAGCAGACACAGAUAAACAUUAUGGUGUGAUGGAAGCUCGAGGGAAAGUACAUGGACAUGAAUUUGAACCAACUCCAACAGAUCACAGGCAUGAAGAAGCUGAUGACUUAGAAGCAGCAGAUCAGUUUUAUGAAUUUGCUGACACAAGUGAACAAGAUGUGUCAGAAGCAUCAGAACAGUUCUACGAAUUUGCUGACAGCAGUGAACCUGAUGUAUCAGAAGCAACAGAAGAGUUUUAUGAAUUUGCUGACUCAAAUGAACACCAUGAUAUAGUAUUAGAGAAUGAAAAAGCCAACAAUCCAAGGCAAAUGUUCCAAUCUGUAGAUUAUGAAGAACAAGAGAAGAAAACGGACAUGGAAGCCUUUGAAAAUCCGGAGCAAGUUGGCAAGAUAUCAAAAGCAGUUACAGCAGAAGAACAAAGAGGAGUUGAGAAUUUGUUGAGUGUGGUUGAAGAGGUUUCUGAGUUUGAAGAAAUUGAUGAAUUAGCAUCAUCUCAAGAGUGUUCUAAUCAGGAAGACAAUGAGAAGCCAGAAGAAGCUCCCAGAGAGCAUGAAGAAACUGGGAAGCUUAAAACAACACAUGUAAAGGAAACAUGUGAAGAGAAACAAAAUGGAGAUGAAAAGAGGUUUGAAACUCAGGAGUUACAGGAGAUUGAACAUGUGAAAAUAAACUUGGUGACUCAGGAGUGGGAUGAAAAUGAGAAGAUUGACAAGGAUGGUUGUGUGCUGGAAGAAAAUGAGAGGGAACAACCAUAUGCUCAGAGUGAAGAAGACAGUGACAGCACUCUCAACGAACAUAAGAAGGAAGAAAUCAUUGAGUCAGUGAAUGGCUUUUAUGAUAAGGAAGAUUUUGAAAAGAGACUUGAGGAUGACAGAAUCUCUGAAGGAAAUGAGAAGCUUCAAGACACUAGACCGAAUGAGAAAAUACUUGAAGAGGCUGCUUGUCAGAAAGAGUGUGAGAAUCACCAAGAAGAGAGUUUUGAAUUCAUAGAAGCUGGGAGAAUGCAAAUAGAGAUGGAUGAGAGCACAAGAAAUGAGAAAGUGCAGGCGACUCAAGAGGAGCGAGAGAACUUGGAUUGCAUUAUUGAGGCAGCAGAUAACCUGAAUGAGCAAGAUGUAUGUGAGGCCCUGGACAGCAAACAGGGAUCCGCUAGAGAUGUAGAUUGCGACCAAGAUGUAAAAGAAACUCUGAAGUUACCUAUAAACAAAGAGGAUGGAGGGGUGAAGGAAGUUGCUGGAACUUCAAUUCAACUCGAAGAAAAUAAAGGGGUGAAAGAAGUUGCUGGAACUUCGAUUCAACUUGAAGAAAAUGAGCACCAGACAGAACUGGUUGAAGAGGAAAAUGGCAUGGUGGAGAAAGAGAUAUGUCAAACAGAUGGCUUGACUCCGGGCGUCCAACUUCCAGAGAGGCCGAAGCAAAUGGAAGAUGCAACAGAGAUCCAUUCUCUUGACAAAAAUGGAAUAAGCGCAAGUGAAAGUGACAUGAGCUUCGUGCAAACGCAAGAUGACCAGCUUCUCGGAGAGCCCAGUGUAGACUACAAUGUAGGAAGGCAGGUUGAAGAAUGUGAAGAAUGGGGAGAUAAUAGUGAUAUGAUGAGAGCUGAAGUUGUUUUGAAUCAGGAAAGGAACAAGAAUGGUUCCAAAUCUAGGAAAAGAUGGUUUGGUACUAAUGAAGUUUCAGAACCUUUCAUUAAACUUGAGGGGGAUGGGAAUCAAUCAGAAUCAGUUGAAGAGGAGGAUGUCAUGGAAGAGAAAGUGAUAUGUGAAAUAGAGGGUUUGGCCUCAGGUGUCAAAUUUGCUGAGAUACUGAAGCAAAUGGAAGAUGUAGUAGAGAUCCAUUCUUCUGACACAAAUGGGACAAGUGUAUAUGGGCAAAAGCAAGAUGGCCAGCUUGCCAGAGAGCCUGAAGUAGUCUGCAACUUACAAAAGCAUGUUGAAGAAUUUGGAGAUAUUAAUAAGGACAUGAUGGGACCUGAAGUUGCUGCUGUGAAUCAGGCGGAGAGCAUGAAUAUUACCAAGUCUUCUCACAGGAAAAGAUGGUUUGACAAUGGGAAGGAUACAAAAGUAGCUCAGGCUCCUCACAUAUUUUGUAGAAAAGCAGGAAGUGUGCUACUGGAUAAUGACACGGAUACCAGUUUGUCUACAAAGAGAGAUAAGGAGAAUCAUCAUAAAGUCAUGACAAGUCAAAGCACAGAAGUAAAUGAGGACAGCCAACAAGCAACCUUGAGUCCGAAAGAGAGUGAAACCAUUCACAGUUCACUGAAAGAAUUUGAACAAGAAAACAAUGCAAAUCCACAAACAACCUUGUCUGCAGAAGAGAGUGAAACUGACCAUAAUUCGCUGGAAGUGGAACCGCAGAGUCAAGCAAUCCCGAGAGCAAAAGAGACUGAAACAAACUUCAUUUUUCAAAAAGAGGUGGAACGUGAAAAGGAGAAUCAACAAGAAUCUCAGACUGCAAAUGAGUUUGAAAUUAGUGCUAGUUCACAAAAGGUAGUGGAACUGGAGAAAGAACACCUGAUUCAGAAAGCAGAAAAACGAAGGGAAAGGGAAAGACAAAAGGAGAAAAAAAAGGUUGCACAAGUAUUUCGUGAAACUCGUGAAAGGUCAUUUGCUGAUGUCAAAGAAAAAGUUGCUGAAACUCGUCAAAAGGAAAUGGCUGAGGCCCAAGGAAAGUUGGGGAAAACUUCUGUGCAGGCUAAUGAUACUUCAUUAGCUGAGAAGGCUUCAAAGGAAGCCAAAGCCAAACAAAAAUGGGAACGUGCUGCUGUUGAAAGAAUAACCGCAGAAGCACGGGAUCGUGCCUUAGAAAAAGCAUUAUCUGAGAAGGUUGCUGCCGAGGCAGGUAAGCAGGUGAAACGGUCUGUUCCAGAGAAAUAUUCUGGUGCUUCUACAGAUGGAAAGCAGGCUAAAAGAUCUGUUUCUGAGAAAUUUGCUGGUGCUUCUAGAGAUAAUGGGCUGAGCCGGUCCUUGGAUCUAGAGUCCAAAGGCUCAUUCUCUUCAAGCACAUCAAGAUCAUCGAAUUCUUCAAAUCUGUCUGAUCCUUCCCCAGCUGAGCAGUCUACUGGAACUAAUGGUGAAUCAGCUCAAAGGUUUAAAGCUACGUUGGAGAGGAAUCAACGGACAGCAGAACGUGCGGCUAAAGCUCUCGCGGAGAAGAAUAAUCGUGAUCUUCUUGUACAGCAAGAGCAAGCAGAGAGAAAUAGGUUAGCAGAAGUUCUUGAUGCCGAGGUCAAAAGGUGGUCAAGUGGCAAGGAGAGAAAUUUGCGUGCAUUGCUCUCAACACUACAAUAUAUCCUUGGGCCUGAUAGUGGUUGGCAGCCCGUUCCUCUCACCGAUAUUGUUACUGCUGUUGCUGUAAAGAAAGCUUAUCGCAAAGCUGCACUCUUUGUUCAUCCUGACAAGUUACAGCAACGGGGUGCAAGCAUUCAGCAGAAGUACACUUGUGAAAAGGUGUUUGAUCUUCUAAAGGAUGCUUGGAAUAGAUUCAGCAUGGACGAGCGAUAAACUGUUUAUUUUGUACAUAUGAAGAAAGAUCAAUAAAGAAUUUCGGAAAAGAAUGGCGAAAUAACAAGCCAGCCGCAAUCGUUCAUCUUGGAAUAAAUAGUUAUUAGGAAAUGUAUUCUAGGCAUUCUUUUAUUUAUAUCAUUGCCGCUGUAGCUAGAUUCAUGCUGCGACUCCAAGAAGCAAUUGCAUUGAACAUGACACUGGCACUGUUAAUCUUUCCUAUUUUAGGUUCUGCAGGUGUGCACUGAUCCCACCG